UGAUGAGUGAAAUUUGUUUUUGUCUCUUGUAAUUUAUAUAAUUUUGUUUAGUUAAAUUAAUUAGUCCAAGCUAUGGCUCCACGUAAAGGUAAAGUCACUCAGGAAGCUGCUGUUUUGCAACUUCCUUCAGAACAACCAGGAGAGAAUGUGUUUGGUGUAGCUCACAUUUACGCCAGUUUCAAUGACACCUUUGUCCACGUUACUGACCUUUCUGGAAGAGAAACUAUUGCCCGUGUUACUGGAGGUAUGAAAGUCAAAGCUGACAGAGAUGAAGCAUCUCCUUAUGCUGCUAUGUUAGCUGCUCAAGAUGUAGCUGAAAAAUGUAAAUCUGUUGGAAUCAAUGCACUUCACAUUAGACUGAGAGCAACCGGAGGAACCAGAACCAAAACACCAGGACCAGGAGCUCAAAGUGCUCUUCGGGCCUUAGCUCGUUCAGGAAUGAAAAUUGGUAGAAUAGAGGAUGUUACUCCCAUUCCAUCUGACAGUUCACGAAGGAAAGGAGGUCGCCGUGGACGACGUUUGUAGUUGGUUUACAAUAAAAACUAUCAUGCGUUUUUUCAAUUCGCUAAUAAAAUAAGUUUAAUAACA